UAUCAGUGCAAUGGACAACUCCCGUGUCAAUUUUGCAAGAAGAGAACCUUGGAAUGCUCUUACCUCAAGGUUGACGGUAGAUCUUUGCGAGGAAGAUCUAUGAAGGCUUUGAGGGCUGGCAGUUCGGCAGCGGAACUUGUACCUACAUCUUCAUCGUCAUCAACUUCAGAGUCCACUUUCUCGUAUUCCAAUUCCAAUUCCGGAGAGUCAGACUGUAGCUUGCCUUCUGCGGACUCGAAAACCGCGAUGGCUCCUACAUUAUCAUUGUCUGGACUUUGUAGCAAUCUUGAGUCCACAUUAGCUUCUACCUUCCAACCAGAAAUGAAUUUACGUUUGUAUGAAGUAUCUGAAGGAGUUCCCAAACCUGAAGAAAAGCAUUUGAGAUUGCUUCUAAGCACCGGCGGAGACUUACGUUUCUAUGGAGAAGUCGCUCCUUUCUCCUUCCUCAACGAGUGUAGGGCCCUUUUUGCAGAGACGUUGGGUAUUUCAAAAUUCACCAUAGUACCAUUGGAAGAGUUCGUGGUGACGGAGAGAAAGUUUUCUCACCAAUUCACCAGAUUGCCCUUGCCCUCAAGAGAGCUGUGUAAUACUGUUAUUGAAGUAUUCAAAGAGAACAUCAACGAUACUUUCUAUGUGUUUGAUAUGGACCACUUUGAGAAAAUGGUAGUGGAUCCCAUCUACGAUGAAGACAUUCCUCGUCGUGAAAACAGUUACUGUCUAUUCAAUUUGGUUCUUGCUAUUGGCGCAUUAUAUAUUGAAUUUUCCAACGAUAUGGACUCCAAAAAAUUGGGCAUUCUGAAAUCCUCUGAAUACUUUGACUGUGCCCAGAACAUAAUGCGUAAUGUCUGCUACGAUGAAAAACUCUGGAUUGCCGAGGCUCACUACUUGCAGCAUUUCUACUAUCUGUCAAAUAGCCAACGUAGUUCGUCGUGGUUACAUUUGGGGAAUACUAUCCGUAUUGCUCAAGCUCUUGGGUUGCAUCGCAAGCAUGUUAAUGAGCGGUGUGGUGACGUAAGCAUUUCCGCUCAUAGAAGACGUCUUUGGAAGAGUAUCUUCAUAUGUGAUAGAAUAGCAUCGUUCAAUUUGGGUCGUCCUCUUACUAUAAGUGAUUACGACUGGGACGAUUCUGAAAGCUUGACAGAGAAAGAGUUCCUUUCCAAAGAAGAAUCUAUACGGAGAGAUUGCCAGACUGCUCUCUGUGGCAUAAGUAAGAUCAAUGGGAACAUAGUCCAGAACAUUUAUCGCUCUGGUAGCAUCGAUGUCAAGAGAGCUAAAUUGUUAGCUCUCGAAUCGCGAUUAUGGUCCAAUUCUUUGGAUGACGACUUGAAAAUUACUCCUGAAUUCGAGGCCCUCCUCCAGGAUCCUACUCAUCCCAACAACUACAACAUCGUAUUGGUACAUUUAAGCCAGUUUUACGGACUCAUGACAUUGGGCCGUCCUUUCUUGAUUUAUGCUGUUUCAAGAAAAUUGAACCCUUCUGCAUUUCGGUCCUGCGACUUCAACGACGAUGCUCUGCUCUUGAAUUUCAGCAAGAUAUCCAUCAAGGUCGCUCUCUUGGUGAUCAAGUUAUUGAAGAGCUUCCAUGAACACAAUAAAAAGAGAAAGGAAGUCUUCUCUAGCACGAGUGUCUGUUUCAACGCUGCCUUGAUUUUAGGAUUAUCUCUCCUCUAUCAGAAAGCACUGCAAGCCAGCGAUGCUAACUACGUGGCUGUUCUCACGUCUUCUAUUGGCGAUGCCAGAGACAUCUUGUUGGACAGUGCCCGUUUUGAUCUGGUUGCCAAAUGUUGGGCUCAAAAUAUAGAGCUCUUGCAGGAAGCGCUU